GGUCGUGAUUAUCUUUCCAGCGCUAGCGUUCGGUUCGAUUGCAGCGGACUACAGCUACACCCGGCAGUGGAAGAAGGCUCGGCUGGAGCAUAACAAACAGCAGGUCCAGCACGCGUAAGCGGUCUUACGAAGCCACCGUAUCAACCUAAUCCCACUAUCAAACGCCAGCUAAUCGCCCCGUUGUGGACGUACGAUGUUCGGAAUAACGCGUCAGUAUCUGUGGAGUGUGGUGCCGAUGUUUGGGUUCGGCAUUGGCUGGUUCCUGGACUGCAAGGAAACGGAACGGAUGACGAUGUUCCGUGACAAGAGUGCACUCUACGGACGCACACUGAAGGAGGGUGAAAAACCAUCGUGGCCUUAAUGAGAGGCGAAGGAUGACGCAGGCAGAACAUUUAGGCGGCAAUAGAAGCCUGCUCGAUAGAGCAAAUCGAAAUACAAUUAUGUGAAUCCUUAACGAUAA